UAUUUCAGAAAUCCAAAACCAGAAUCCUGCACCUCCCUCUUUCUUCUUCCGCCAUUCUUUUCCUUCUUCUAUGUUGGGGUUUUCCUUUUUCCUUUUCGUUGUUUAGCCCUGUUGCUGCUGCCGCCCAGAGGAAUCGAAGAAGGCGGGUUUGGAUCAGGUGGAAGUGAACCGGCGGUCAGGUUUUACAUACUCCAAAGAAACACAACCUUGAGUUCUUGGCGACGCAUUGCGAAGCAGGGCACGUUAACACUUGGGAAAUUCUUACCCUGUUCCGAAAUUGAAUAAGUCUACUUCUGAUGGAGGAGGGUUCUUCCACUUCGUCUUGCCCCAACAAGCCCGUUAUUGUCAGGGUUAAACGGAAGGCUUUCCAGUCUGCCCUUGAUGCGUUUUGGCUGGAGAUUCACGAGAGGCCAUUGAAGAAGCCGUUGCUUGAUUUUGGAAAUCUGUCAAUAUCUGAUGCUUCUUCUAGUAAAAAUGAGGAAUUGAAAAUCAAGAAGGUCCUUGUUCAGCGUGUGGAUACAGUUAUUAGCUCUGAGGAUACAUUUGAUGUAGUGCAAUCUUUUGUGCCCAAUUCCUCUAAUGCAUUAAGAUCUGAAGAGAAGAACAAAGAAGCAAGAAGCAAUAUUAAGACUGUGAAUAGACGUGACCAGUUACUUACUAAAGUGAAAGAGAGUCACGAGGUUUUAUCAAGGAAUGCUCGUUUCGAACAAGUAUGGAGAAGCAGAAAGGGGAUAAAAGAAACUACUGCAGAUGAAGCUUUACAUGACAUGUGCCGACUCUAUGAUGUUGUUCGAGUUGAUGCGGAGGAACACGAGGUUAAAGUACAAAAACGGGAUACCGACUUGGAAGAUUGCAGGAUGAUGGCUCAGUAUUUACCUCUUCUUAAAGAGGUUUUACCCACUGCUGCCGAGGAGAUUGAGAAUGAUGUUUCCAAACAAGGUUAUGUAUACGACGUCUAUGCUGUCAACGAGGAUGCCAGCCCAAUGGAGCUCGAUUUUAAUUUCCCAUUUCCUCUGGUUCAAGUUGAUGAAGACGAAGAUUACUAUGACGGCCCAGAUGUUGAUUCUGAAUACGAAUCUGACGAUUCUAAUGCGGAAAACAAUCCACUGAAUGAUUACCCCGACGAAGAGGAUUCUGAGGAUGAGGAUGAGAGCACAAGCAAGUCAUCGUCUGCGUUGGACUCGGAGGAUGACGAGAGUAGAACUUCAUCUGAAGAGUCGGAGUCUGGAAGCGAAAGUGCUGUGCUGUAUGAAGAUUCAGAGCUCAGUGAUGUGCUGUAUGAAGACGAAGACGAGGAUGAAGAUCAAUACUAUGGAGAGCAUGAUGAAGAACAGUGGUGAGUGACUAACUGACUUGGUUACUUCGAAUGCACUGCAUACUGGUUUUGUUGACAUGCUGGUUCUUACUUUAGGUUUGUCUGGUUUUGACUUUUUUUUUAUUAUUAUUAUUUUAUUUAUUUAUUUAUUUUUUAUUUGGGUAAAAAUGCACAAAACACCAUUCUUAUCC